AUUCUCCUCCUACCAAUCAAAAUCUCGCCGCCUCCACCGCUCCUCCGCCGCCGCUCUCUCGCAAGUUAAACCACGUGGAACGACUGCUUCAGCUGAUUUCAAAUAAACUGCAAUGCAGCUGCGCUGCUCCUCUCAAAGCGCAAAUUAUCCCCUAGGAUUCGGAGCUACAGCCACCGCGCGCUCCCGGCGAAUCAAGUGAAAUCGCGUUUUAUUCCUCAUAUCAAUCGCAGCUAUCAUUUUCUUCAUAUCAACCGCCAAUUAUCCUCACAAAUUUACUGUAAUGGCGUCGGCUAUCGGAUGCUAUUCUCUCAAUGCUAACCAUCGAGGAAGGAUCCCAAAAUGGAUCUCACCUAGAGCAGCUGUAAUCCCCAAUUUUCAUCUUCCAAUGCGUAGUUAUGAAGUUAAAAACAGGACUAAUGUUGAUGACAUAAAGUCGCUUAGGUUGAUCACCGCCAUCAAAACACCUUAUUUGCCGGAUGGUAGAUUCGACCUCGAGGCUUACGAUGCCUUGAUGAAUGAGCAGAUCAAGGAUGGUGUAGAGGGUGUGAUCGUUGGAGGCACGACUGGCGAAGGCCAGCUGAUGAGCUGGGAUGAGCACAUCAUGCUCAUCGGCCACACGGUGAACUGUUAUGGUGGAUCCAUCAAAGUAAUCGGCAACACAGGAAGCAACUCGACUCGGGAAGCAAUCCAUGCUACUGAACAGGGCUUCGCCGUUGGGAUGCAUGCAGCCCUUCACAUCAAUCCCUACUACGGUAAGACCUCCUUGGAUGGUUUGAUCUCUCACUUCAGUAACGUGCUUCCCAUGGGCCCCACGAUCGUGUACAACGUGCCGUCCAGGACGGGCCAAGACAUUCCCCCCCAUGUGAUCAAGGAGAUAGCAAAGAGUCCCAACUUGGCUGGUGUCAAGGAAUGUGUUGGACACAACAGAGUGGAGCAUUACACGAGCAACGGGGUGGUUGUGUGGAGUGGGAACGAUGAUGAAUGCCAUGACUCGAGAUGGGAUCAUGGGGCUACCGGAGUAAUCUCAGUUGUGAGCAACUUGGUUCCUGGUCUGAUGAGGGAUCUGAUGUUUGCCGGAAAGAACUCAUCACUGAAUGCAAAACUUAUGCCUCUGAUCGAGUGGCUUUUUGUGGAACCUAACCCGAUCGGGCUAAACACAGCCCUAGCUCAGCUCGGGGUGGUGAGGCCGGUUUUCCGGUUGCCGUAUGUGCCCCUUCCUUUAGCCAAGAGGGUGGAGUUUGUGAACAUAGUCAAUGAGAUUGGAAGGGAGAAUUUUGUUGGAAAGAAAUAUGUCAAGGUGAUUGAUGACGAUGACUUCAUUCUAAUCGAUCGUUAUUAGAGCUUUUGAGUCAUUGUGGGCCCGGCCCGAACCCGUUGUGCCUACCGAGGAAGUCGGGCCAAGUUUUUAUUGAUUUUUUAGCCAUGUUUUGUGUUUGUGUGGUUUGUUGAGAUUGAGUCUUGUGCUUGGAUUUCAUUGAUGCAGUGACACGCUAUAGGAAGUGAAGAACUUCUUAUUUGUUAUUUA